AUGUCCCGUGCUGUUUGUAAAAUAGCUAAAACUCCUCCGUUCAGCUGUGGCUACCCUGUCGUGAUCAAAGCGAGUCACGGGGGCGGCGGGCGUGGAAUGCGAGUCGUCCAUCGAAAGGAAGCGAUGGCCGACGCCAUCUCAGAAGCGAAAUCCGAAGCGGGCGUGGCCUUUGGCAGCGACGUAGUAUUUGUUGAAAAGUACCUUGGCCGACCGCAGCACAUUGAAGUCCAGGUUCUCAGCGACGGACAGGGCAAUCAUAUUCAUCUGCAUGAACGUGAUUGUAGUAUUCAACGCAAACAUCAAAAAAUUAUUGAGAUUGCUCCUGCAAUGGGGAUAUCCGAGGCAGUCCGUCAGGGCGUCACCGACGCUGCUGUUCGUCUUGCGCAAGGCCUAAAAUACGAGAAUGCCGGCACCGUCGAGUUUCUGGUGGAGGGCGAGAAUUUCUAUUUCAUAGAGAUGAACCCACGAAUUCAGGUUGAACACACCAUCACAGAGGAACUGACGAGGGUCGAUCUUGUUGCAGCGCAGUUGCGCAUUGCGUGCGGCGCUACUCUUAAGGAUCUCGGAUUGGUUCAGGAUAAAAUACUCCCCAAAGGCUGCUCCAUCCAGUGUCGAGUCACCACAGAGAUUCCGUUGGACGGCUUUGGCCCCGACAAUGGAACGAUCGGUCGGUGUCGGCUACCCGCUGGAAAUGGAGUGCGACUUGAUUACAGCGAGUGCUUUAUUGGUGCCCAGAUUGGCUCCUCUUACGAUUCCCUCUUGCUAAAGUGUAUCUGCACAGGCUCUGAUCGUGCCUCCGCCAUCAAGAAAGCGAUUCGAACGCUGCGUGAAAUUGAUAUCCAGGGUAUCCAAACCAACAUUGACUUCUUGGUUCGGCUUCUUGAGCACUCGACCUUUUUGAGCGGUGCUUGCUGGACUUCGUUCGUAGACGAUACUCCAGAACUGUUUGUUGUGGGUGGCGAAGUUGUGCCCAAGCAAGGCGUCCUGCGAUUUUUGGCCGACGCGGCCGUGAAUGGCAGCCGUAUUCAGGGUCAAACGAAACCGCCAGCGCUCAAGAAGAACAUUUUCAUCGGAGAAUUGAUCGAUCGAACUACUGGAGAGCAGAUAUCGACUGAAGAUCCGUGCCGCGACGGAUGGCGCAGCAUUCUCCUGCGCGAUGGCCCGCGAGAGUUUGCGCGACAGGUGAAAGCUCACCAGAAGACACUAAUUACAGAUACAACAUGGCGUGAUGGACAACAGUCUCUUCUGGCAACGAGAGUACGGACAAGGGAUUUAGAGGCCAUAGCCAAGCACAUGAGUUAUGCCUACAAAGACGCCUACAGCCUGGAAGCUUGGGGAGGAGCCACUUUCGAUGUCAUGCUUCGAUUCUUGUAUGAAGAUCCCUGGCAACGUUUGAGAAAGUUGCGAGAGCUUGUCCCAAACAUUCCGUUUCAGAUGCUACUAAGAAGUACGAACGGGUUGGCAUACUCGGCACUCCCAAAGAAUGCCCUCUUCCACUUCGUCAGCUUGGCAAAGCAGACAGGCAUCGAUAUUUUCCGCGUUUUUGACUGCCUCAAUGACUUGGAGAAUUUGAAGGUAGGAAUCGAAGCGAUUCACGCAGCCGGAGGUCUUGUCGAAGGAGCCAUCAUGUAUACAGGUGAUAUGCUUGCGCCGGGCACCAAGUACGGCCUCGAGUACUACAUGAAGAUUGUCGACAGGCUUGUAGAGUACGACAUCCAUAUAAUCUCCAUCAAGUCCAUGUCGGGAGUCAUGAAGCCAGCCGCAGGCCGUUUGAUCAAGAACCCGGGAGAUGCUGUGGAGGCUGGUGAUGUUCUGAUCGCUGUGAGCGCAAUGAAGAUGGAGGUUCAUGUCAGUGCCCCGGUGCGCGGUCGCAUAGCUUCCAUUGCGGUAGCCGUUGGCGACAUGGUUGAAAAGGAAGACUUGCUGGCGCGAAUCGAAUAG